AUGGGCGCUGAAGGGAGUGAUCUGGAACAUUCUGGGCCUGAUGAAUUGGCUGGCGCGGAUGGUGGAAUCGUGUCGGGUGUUGAGGAAAGCAUCCUGGAACAGUCCAUGCUCGUUGGUGCAGCCACUGACAGUGUAGGCGAUGAAGAGGGCAUCGUGGAAGGCGUUGAGGAAGGCAACCUGGAACUUUCCUGGUCUUUUGCUGUGCUGGCUGCCCCUGUGAGUGUCGACAGGGACGAUGGCAUCGUGGAAGGGUUUGAAGAUGAUGAAGGCGCCAUUGUGGUGGGCUCUUAUGAGGAUGAAGAUUCGAUUGUGGUCGGUGUGGAGGAGGACAACAGUGAUGGUGUGGAAGGCAUUGAGAAUAGUGAAGCCGGCAUUGCGCUAGGAAUGGAAGAGGACACACAUGGUCUUGCCAGGCAUUCUGUUGAGGUUGCAGUUUUGGCGAGUGUCGACUAUGGGGAUGGCAUCGUGGCAGGCAGGGAUGCAGAUGAGGAGAAUUUCAUAGAGGGGACUGAUGAAGGGGUGCUGGACUAUGUCAGGUGGCCUGCGGGCGCUGCAGCUUCAGAGAGUGCCAAGUGUGGAGAUGGUGUUGCAGCAGGAGACGAUGAUGGCGUUUUGGCGCAAGCUGAAGAUGGUGAAGACAGCAUUGUGGGUACCAUGGAAGAUGAUGGACACGGUGUUGUGGCAGGAGCUGAAGACAAUGCAAGUGCCAUUGUGGCUGGCGUGGAGGAGCACACACAAAAGCAUGGGACUGGCGCUGACGCUGCAGCCCUUGCAACUGUUGAGGACGAUGAUGGCAUCGUGGCGGGCGUUGAAGACAGCGAUGCAGUGGGCCUUCAAGAGUAUGAAGACGGGACUGUGGCUGCCAUGGAAGACGGGGUCUGGCAGCAAUCUGGGGCUUCUUUUGAGGGUGCUGCACUGGCAACAUCUGAUUACACGGAGGACAUUGUGGAGGGUGUUGAGGAUGAUGCACCGGAUUCUGGUGGCUGGCCACCCACGCCUGUUGCCUCUGAGCACCUGGGGUCAGUUGCUGAUGGGGACGUGCCAGAUCAUGCCAGGUGGCCGGCUGAGCCUGGUGACCCCACCAGGGGCGUCAAGUAUGCAGAUGGACCCAGGCCAGGCAUGGAAGGAGGCAUCAAAACUGACCUUGAUUGUGAGGAGGGCAUUGUGGAGGGCGUGGAGGCAGACAUUCUGCCCAAUUCCGGACCAUCUUCUGAGGUUGGUGCCCUCAGGAGUGUCGAUGAGGGCAUUGUUGAGGGCGUUGAAGAGGAUGCCCUGGACUGUGGCAUGCACUGGGGCGCAUGCACCCCUCCCUCUCCAGCCCGCGAUGAAGACGGAAUGGCUCUGGGCGUUGAUGGCGAUGCUGAUGGGAGGGAUGUGCUGCCUGCAGGUGCAGGUCCAAGGUCGGGGUUCGUGAUUCCUGGGGCAGUUGGGGGAGCGCCCAUGGGGACAAUGGAUGAGAGGCACUGGCAUGCGGCAGGGGCGGCGGGUGGUGGAGUGAAUGGCGGGGGUAUGCGCCCAGGGAUCACCGCAGCUGGGUACCAGGUGUCAGAGAUGGAUGGCGUUGUGACUGGUGUGGAGUGGUCGCCUGUGCAUUAA